CAAGAUAUGUUCGUCCUUAAUCAAAGGUAUCGAGUUCGAGCGUUAGAAAUCUAUAUAUGAAACGCUUUCCCGUCUAAUAAAAUUUAUGCAGUGAGCACAGAUCGAGCACAUUAUACAAUACUACAUUAGCGGUUAGCCCGUUAUGUCUGGCUCACACACGUAGUGAUGAAACAAUAUAGGUUGAAUUAUUGACCCAGUGAUAUGAACGACAAGUAAAAUAUAAAGAUAAAAAGACCGUAAUUGAAAUCAUAUUGAUGAAGAUAAAGCUUGGCUCUUGAUGUAGCAAGCGGCCUUGAACACAGUAUGAAGCUUCAGAGAAUGAAUUAACCAGAAAACUGCGUAUUAGAUCUUGCUUUUAAAAAACUAAACUGGAUGAAAAGGAAAACGUGAAAAAUGCGGUGAACGUGGAUCGAACACGUGACCUUCAGAUCUUCAGUCUGACGCUCUCCCAACUGAGCUAUCCCCGCUAGAUGUCUUUGUAUUGUCAAAUGUUAGAUAUUACAGGUAAGGGAUAUCUCUUCUUUUACAUAACCCAUAACAAGUCUUAUCUUUGUUUACUUGUUUUCUCUUGUUUGACCUUUUGUCAAAAUAUAGCAAAUAAAUAGUUCUGUCUUACGCAACAAAAUAAGAUAACACGACAUGCGACAACUUAGAAUACACCGAAAUAGUCAGUUAAAUAUGACAAACAUCCAUACCGAAGAAAAUGACUCGUUAUUUUCUUGUUCCUAAGCUAUUCAAUAAGUUACCUACAUCAAAAAGUUAUAUUCGAUCAAAUUCAAUUAAGAUAAAAAUCUGUAAAAAAUUGAGUCUGAAAAGUCACGUUACUGAAUACCCUCUCUACACUAAUAUAGUGAACAAUUUUAGUUCUUAAUUUACUUUUUUUUUUUGGAUACGUCCAUCUUAAGCAAUCAGACUCGCUUUUGAUAUGGGUCUUUUGAUACUGUAUUAUUUAGUGUGGGUCCAGGUUCAUAUGACAUAACAAAUCAGCUUAUUUUGCUAAGUCAGAAAUUUUCAAUAACUGUAGAGUGAGUUUGUAAGAAAAGAAAAAAAAAGUUUAGUGACAUUAUUGUUACAAAAUUAAGUUGAAUGACUUUGUAAAAGAAAAUUCAAAAGUUAAGUGACUUUAUUGAUACAAAAUUAAGUGAAUUUACGAUAAUACUCGCUCCAUCUCAAAAUAAGUGUCACCUUAACAAAAAAAAGUUGUCCAAAAUAAGUGUCACCUUAGGAAUUCAAUACAAAAAUUGGCACAUGUUUCCAACUAUCCCCUUAGCAUUAAAGAAAUAGUCCUCUUUAAUAUUGCUUAAUUCUCAAAAAACAUCUAAUAAAUAGGGAUAGUUUAGUAAACUUCAUAUUGUCUAUAUUGAUUUCUUAACGGACGUGAUUUUUGUUACGGUAAUACUUCUUUUGGGACGGAAGGUGUAUAUUUUAGCUACGAUCUUAAGAAAGCAUAUUUACUCUGCGCCUUUGGUUUUCCAGAAAAAAUUGCUGUUGUGAGAUUAUCAUGAUUUCAUUUUAAUCUUUUUUUCCACGUUUUGACACACAAGAUUGCAUUGCCUUUAAUAGUUAAUUUAAUUAUUUCGGCUCUUUCUAAGAACUUAUUUAUAACUAUUUACCCUUUCUGAUUAUGACAUUAAAUUAAUUAAACACCUUUUAGAUUUCUUCUACCCUUCUAGCUCCUUAAAUAAACGCACAAAAAUAGUUUUAUUGUCCACAUCAUAUUGGAGCUGAGCAAGAAUGGAAGCCUGCUCUUCUGUCAAAACUAAAUUGCUACAUUCAUGUUGUUUAAUUGCAAUUCUCUUACUUUUGCAAUUGAAUAUGUUAAGAGCACAAAAGGUAACAGCCAUGUAUGUGUUUGGUGACUCUCUAGUAGAUGUGGGGAACAACAAUUACUUUGAGACUAUAUUCAGGGCAAAUUUUCCUUUCAAUGGAAUUGAUUUUCCUGGUGGCAAACCAACAGGAAGAUUCAGCAAUGGGAAAAAUGCUGCUGAUUUUUUUGCUGAAAAUGUUGGUUUACCAACACCUCCGCCGUAUCUUUCCAACAAGAAUGACCUCUUUCUGAAAGGUGUAAGCUUUGCCUCGGGAGGAGCUGGAAUUUUAAAUAGCACCAAUGACCAUCCUCUUAAUGGCACAAUAUACCUCUCAAAACAAGUUGAGUACUUCACCGAAGUGCAACAAAGAUUGAUUAAAAAGAUAGGAGAAAGUGCAGCAAAAAGGCACAUGUCAAGUUCUCUAUUUGCUGUUGUUAUUGGAAGCAAUGACCUUUCCAAAAUCCCUAUCACCAAAUCACCACAAGAGUACAUCGAUUUAAUGCUAUCCACCUUUGCGGACCAGCUAAAGAAAUUACAAGGUCUAGGUGCACAUAAAUUUGUGAUUGUUGGGAUAGGACAAAUUGGGUGCAUUCCGGCGCAAAGAAUUUUGAACCCAACUGAUAAUUGUAACGAUAAGGCAAACUAUUGGGCGAGGAUUUAUAAUAAAGGCUUACAAUCAAUGUUGCAAAAAUUGAAGUCACAGCUAAAGGAAGAUUUCAACUACUCCUACUUUGACAUCUACAGUUUGUCGGGUGAUCUCAUCCAAAAUCCAACAAAAUACGGUUUUCUUGAGGUUAAAGCGGCUUGUUGUGGGAUGGGGAGAUUAUAUGCAGACGUUCCUUGCAUUCCUAUUUCAAAAUAUUGUCCCAACAGGAGUGAUCACUUUUUCUGGGAUAAAGUUCAUCCUACGGAAGCAGCAUCCAAAAUUCUUGUUAAUACUCUUUUCAAUGAUACAAAACAAUAUGUAACCUCGAUGAAUUUAACCAAGCUACUUGCUUUGUAGAAUCAGUCAAUUAUCUACAGCACAUGGUACUUUCCUAGUGUAGCCUAUCCAAAAAAAUAUUUUAAUAACAUAAAUAAGAAUUUGUUUUCAUGGGACUAUA